UUAAUUUCAUCAACCCUCUGGUUUUGUUUAAAUGCAACAAAUCUUAAGAACUUGUGCUGAACUCUCUCAAUAGCUAGAAUAUGGGUGUUAUAGUGUGGAGACCAAACACAUGAACAGUAAUCUAGGUGAGGUCUCACAAGUGAACAAUACAAUACUUUUAUGGAUGGGAUAUUUAGAAAGUCUUUUGCACGUUUGAUAAACCCUAAAAGUUGAAGUGAUUUUGAGACAAUAUAUGAGAUAUGGGGGAUGUAGGAUAAGCUGGAAUCAAGCACAACACCUAGGUCUUUUAUCUGAGAUACAGAGUCUAAAGGACAAUCCUUAAUAGUAUAGAUAUGAUUUGUAGGAGUUCUAUUUCGACCAAAAACCAUUAAGUGACACUUUUUAACAUUAAGUUCCAUUCCGUUGCUAUCACACCAAUAGCUCAACCGAUCCAAGUCAGAUUGUAAUUUUUGAUAGUCACCAUCAUUAUUGAUUUUAAAAUAUAAUUUUAAAUCGUCAGCAAACAUUAGGAAAAAAGCAAAGUGGAAACAGGAGGCAAUAUCAUUAACAUAGAUAUUGAAUAGAAGGGGUCCAAGAAGUGACCCUUGUGGCACUCCUGAAGAUACUUAGGAUAACAACCAUUCUAAAAGUUCGCCCUGGAUACCCAGACCUCUCAACUUAUUAAUUAAAAUCUUGUGAUUUGCCCGGUCAAACGCCUUUGUAAAGUCUGUGUAUACAGCAUGAACUUGGAAGCCACCUUCAAGAGAUUCCACAAGGAAGUCGGUAAAUGUCAAUAAAUUAAAUUCAGUGAAGCGGCCAGAGAGAAAUCCAAAUUGCUGGUUGAUAAAACAGCAUUUUAAACUUGCUGACAAAUAGUCAUGAUCCAUGUUUCUACACCAUAUGUUGCUAUUGGCUGAACCAACCUUAUAUACUGUAAAAGGUAUUUUAAUAAUGGAUUGUAUUGGUGAGAGAGUAUUGGCCAAAUACUAUGACAAAAAUCUAUUUAUCACAUCCAAAGAACAAAGUGCAUUUGAGAAAACCUUAUUUAAUAAAACCUACAAGGAAGUAGGCGGUGAAAUUAUCAAUGUAAAUGGCUUAACAUGUGUUUAUAAGAGUAAUGUUGAACUGCUUUUUUAUGUUAUAGGAAGUUCCCAAGAAAAUGAGCUUAUGCUUGUGAGUGUUUUAAAUUGUUUAUACGACACAAUUAACCAGAUCUUAAAGAAAAAUAUGGAAAGGAAGGCACUUUUAGAUCAAUUAGAUAUUGUAAUGUUAGCUGUGGAUGAAAUUUGUGAUGAAGGGAUAAUGAUGGGGGCAGACUCUAAUUCAGUAAUCUCUAGAAUAGCUCUCCGAAACGAUGAUCUUCAAAUCGGGGAACAGACAGUAGCCCAGGUGUUUCAAUCUGCCAAAGAACAGCUGAAAUGGUCAUUUUUAAAGUAAGACAUAUAUUUUAAUAAAAAUACAAUGUUAAAUAUUAUACAUUUAUUUCAUAUUAAAUAAAAAAUAAAUUUAUUGUUCCUGAA